AUGGUCGAACCCCAGAAUCGCCGAUCGCAAAGUCUGUCAACAGGUUGGCUGGAAAUGCUGGCGUUAGUCUUCAGAGCGCUCUUGUGGCCACUUAAGACUGCAAGCAAUUUCCUUCUUCCAUCUGGAAGCUAUGAUGGUCUAUCGUCAAUUGUCGCAGGAAAAGCUUCCCGUCAUUUCACCGACGAUCUCAAGUCGUUGUGUUCUCCUGGAGAUUGUGAAGAUGUGGAUAUUGCAUUUUCCAAGAUUGGAUUUGCUGCCCUCCGACAGGAAGCGGCGGCUAAUCAUUCACUGCUCUUCAUCUAUAUCUACAACCCUGUCCAUCGAGAAGCUCGGAGAUUCUCACGAAGACUUGCUGGACCUGAGAUGUUGACAUUUUUGUGUCAAGACCAUAUUGAGGCGAUUGGAUCGUCUGUUCAAACAUCACAAGGAUCAACUUUAUGUUAUCAAUUGGGAGCCACUAGCUUUCCUCUUUUAGCCAUAUUACAGCCUGGAAGUGCAAGUUCUGAUGGAAUGAAGUUACUCUUUAGAGCCGAAGGCCGAUCAUUACUCAUGAUGCCAGCUACACAACUCAUGUCACUAUUGACAGCAACCUACAAGCAGCAUUCGACCCAACUUAUCGCUCUCGAGACUAGGAGAUUGGAGAGAGAGCAAGCAAAUGAGCUUCGAAGGCAGCAAGAUGAAGAAUACCAGCAAGCUCUGGUUGCUGACCAGGAGCGAGAACGACAGAAGCAAGAGAUGAAGAAUAUUGAAGAAGUCCGAAUGCGGGAAGAGGAAGAGAAGAAGCGUCGAGAGACUGAACAAGAAGAAGAACGGUUGAGCACAGCGAAACUUUUGCUGCGUAGUGAACCGGUUUCCGGAGGUGCGCGUAUCAGGUUUGUACUGCCAAGCGGUCGAAAGUUAGACCGUCGUUUUUUUGAAAGCGAUACUGUUGGUGCUUUGAAGGCAUUUCUCAUACUACACUUUUCGGAGAACAAUGUAGGCAUCAAGAACAUUGCUCUGUCUACAAACUUUCCAAAGAAACAAUAUGAUGACAAAGACCAAACUCUGGUGGAAAGUGGACUGUCUCCACAGGCCGUGCUGAUGGUCCAAGACUUAGAUGCAUAA